AUGGGUGCUUGUCAAUCAUGCUGCGGAGGCAAAUCCCGCGACGGUCUCUACGAACCUGUAUUGGCCGACAGUGAGCGAGAAGCUGUCGCCGACUUGCUUCAAUAUCUCGAGAACCGCGGCGAGACCGACUUCUUCUCCGGCGAACCCCUUCGAGCCCUGAGCACGCUUGUCUUCUCCGAUAACAUAGACUUACAGAGGAGCGCGAGUUUGACAUUUGCAGAGAUAACCGAGCGAGAUGUUCGCGAAGUCGACCGAGAUACCCUCGAACCGAUCCUCUUCCUCCUUCAAAGCCCCGAUAUCGAGGUACAGAGAGCGGCUAGUGCGGCACUGGGAAACUUGGCCGUUAACACCGAGAACAAAGUCCUAAUAGUCCAGUUGGGCGGACUGACACCCCUCAUCCGUCAAAUGCUCUCCCCAAAUGUCGAGGUCCAGUGCAAUGCUGUCGGGUGCAUCACGAACCUGGCGACACACGAGGAGAACAAGGCAAAGAUUGCACGAUCGGGAGCGCUUGGUCCGCUUACGCGGCUAGCCAAGUCGAGGGAUAUGAGGGUUCAGCGGAAUGCGACAGGAGCCUUGCUCAAUAUGACACAUUCAGACGAGAACCGAAUACAGCUUGUCAACGCCGGCGCCAUUCCCGUCUUGGUACAGCUCCUCUCGUCUCCCGAUGUCGAUGUCCAAUACUAUUGCACGACUGCCCUCAGCAACAUUGCCGUCGAUUCCAACAACCGAAGAAAACUUGCUUCGUCGGAGACAAAGCUGGUUCAGUCGCUAGUCAACCUGAUGGAUUCUUCAUCGCCGAAAGUACAGUGUCAAGCUGCAUUAGCUCUUCGAAACUUGGCCUCGGACGAAAAGUAUCAGCUCGAUAUUGUCCGCGCCCAGGGACUCAACCCCUUGUUACGCCUACUACAGUCCUCAUACCUCCCACUCAUCCUUUCAGCUGUCGCCUGCAUACGGAACAUUUCCAUUCACCCCUCGAACGAAUCACCUAUUAUCGAGGCCGCAUUCCUGAAGCCCUUGGUGGAUCUACUAGGCUCGACUGACAACGAGGAGAUCCAGUGUCACGCCAUUUCAACGCUUCGAAACCUGGCAGCCAGCUCUGACCGGAACAAGGCCUUGGUACUAGAGGCUGGUGCGGUACAAAAAUGCAAGCAACUCGUCCUGGAUGUGCCCGUCACUGUUCAAUCGGAGAUGACGGCGGCGAUUGCGGUAUUGGCUCUGUCGGACGAUCUCAAGACACACUUGUUGAAUCUUGGCGUCAUCGAGACUCUGAUUCCUCUCACCCACUCUCCCAGUAUCGAAGUUCAAGGGAACAGUGCUGCCGCACUUGGCAACCUGUCCUCAAAAGUGGGCGACUACUCUAUAUUCAUCCAAGACUGGUUAGAACCGAACGGAGGCAUUCAUGGUUACCUGAGCAGGUUCCUGGCUAGUGGCGAUGCUACGUUCCAACAUAUCGCUAUAUGGACUCUCCUACAACUGCUCGAAUCCGAAGACAAAAGCUUGAUCGGACUUAUCGGCAAGUCAGACGAGAUUGUCGAAAUGAUCAAGCAGAUUUCGAACCGACAGGUCGAGUCCGAUAAUGAAUUCGAGGAGGACGACGAAGGUGAGGUUAUCAACCUCGCCCAGCGCUGCCUCGAACUGCUAGGCCAGAGCAUGUCGAAGGCGCACAUUGAGGGGUGA